ACUUCAAUUACUGUGUUAUCUUCUCUUCUCGAGUUCCCUCCCUCCCACUUCAACUUCAACUUCACUGCUUUUCUUCACUGAAUGAAAGCAGCUAUGUCCAUUUCCACCACCUCCUUCCUCUUCCUCUCACCACCGUCACUACCACCUCUUUCCAGAACUCCACAACCCUCAUUCUCCUCUUCUUUCAAACUCAAACCUCUCAUCCUCCAAACCUCCCCUACCACUCGGCGCAACCCAUUCUUAACCCGCGCCGACGACGGCGACGUCGAAUCCGCUGGUCCCGACGAUUAUGAAAUGGACGAAGAUGAAAUGGAGGAGGUUGAUAACGAAAAAGACUUCGACAUCGAGUACGAAGCCAACGGCGAUGUUGACAUUGCGACAGCGCAGAGUAUGAAUUUCGUUUCUACGCAGGGGUGGGACCCUGAUACUCUCGUUGAUUAUAGAAUUAAUGAAGAUGAGUUUCAUAAGAUUAGUUUGUUAGAUUGUGAUUUCUUUAUUCGGAAACCUCCUGAUCCUGAUAACGAUGUUUAUGAUUUCAGAGAGAUGUAUGUUACUCCUCCUGAUACAGAUGUUUACUCAAUCCCCAAGGUUCUUGCACCAAUGCCUCAAAAGUACAUUAGAUGCGCGCAAAGUGAUUUUGGAUGCGACAAUGUUACAGAGCCACCCGUUGAUGCACGCCGAGAUCCUCUGUACAAAUCUGAGAGGGAAAUCGAGAAGGCAUUCUUGACAAAACACUACAAAAAUCGGAGGCUGGGAGACCCUGAGUUUGUCCUGGAUUUUGAGGAGAUUUAUGUUAUUGAUUCCAAAACUAAGUCUAUUACCAGAGCCAAAGUUCUGGUAACAGCUCCAGGAGGGAGAACUAGAGAUAGAAAGAGCGACUUGCUUGUGAUAGCUGAUAAGGGGAACUCAUUCAAAAUAAUACAUAUGAGUGAAAAAGAUGAUCCAACAACUGUCAUAGAAAGACGAGAGUGGGCCCAAUCCAGAGAAGAAAUGGAGAGACAUCUAAGAAAGCUAAGAGAUUUCAGCACUUCAAAUUGGUUUUGAUUGAUAAGUAUGCAUUCAAACAUUGCCUCAUGAUUGUGCCAAGCAUGAUAGGUAGUUCCAUCUAACACGUCACAUGUGUGUAUACAGGCAAUUAAACUCAACCUCCCAUUUUUGACAUUUGUGUGCAAGUUGCUGGAUCUUUGUAUAUUCUGUUGUAAUUUGUUAGAGAUGCGGCUUAUUGAAAUCCAGUGACAGUGACCUACAGUUGAAUGUAUUUUAAGUCAAGGCAUGAUCAAAUCUAUUUGAGCAAAGAAUUGAAUAAUUUUUCAUUUUCAACUGUAAUCAGUGAAAUGCAAAAUUACAAUGAGAACAAAUAUAACCCGGUUCAUUUUCA